ACAAGAGUGCACAUUCCAAAACUAUUAGCUGUGUUGUGCUGCGCCAUGAGUGCAACGGUGGUGUUUUAUUUGCGGGGCGAAAUCUCAAGUGCUCAACAUUUUGACGCGGAAUCAUUAUUCCUCAGUUACUGCAUAUUAGUCCCUAACGGUUGGACCUGUCAAGAGGAAAGCAAAUUGUGUGGCACCACGCACUUCGCCCAGCAAACGAGAAAGCCAUUUGGAGAUGAGGGAAAAUCCAUCUCAACAGCACAUUUUAACCAAUAUUUCGAGGCAAAACUUAUUGCUCCCGUGGAUACUGUUUUUGAAGUGCCAAAACUUGUGGUGGAAGUAUCGUCGCUCGACUGGUGGCAACGCUUCUGCACCGAGGGCUAUGGGUUCACAGCGAUUUCGACCAGCCCUGGGCAUCAUAGUCUGACCAUCGCCACCUGGCGCCCUGUGCCCUCCUCAAUGCACAGCCACGCGGCGCGUGUUGCACAAAUGCGGCGGUUUUUUAUCGGGGGCACUCCACAGCUCAAGGAUUUGGGCUGCUCAUUGGCUGACACACAGGGUAAAGACGUUUUGAGUCGCUUUGGACUCUGCACCAUCAGCUCAGGACAAGUGAACGUGACAUUGGAAGUUGGGCUUCAGGGGCCAAAAGAUGGAAAGAUAUUGGCCAAAUCAACUUUGCUUGGGAGAAAGAUGCAAAGUGGGAGGAGUGACCAGUUGGUUUCGUCCGUGGACCAAGUUAUAGCUGCCUAUUUGAGAGUGAAAAGCAGAAUGGCCAGCGUUCGUGAAGCUAUGAGGAUGAUGAUGGACGGAAGGCAAUCAGACUAA